CUAAAACGUGCAAAAGGCAACUUCCAAUUCUCCAUAGCUUUUCAACUAGUAGAAAUUCAAAACCAGAGAGAGAGAGAGAGAUCACCCUUACAAGAAAAAAACAAAUUCAUAAAAUCAUAUGUAUUAAAUGACCUAUUUAGUCCACUGUCUUGUUUUCUCUGGUGUUCUUAUCAUAAAAUCACAUAGAGAAAGAAAGAAAGGAAUUGUAGUCAACCUAUUCCAAAGCCUUGACUGGAGCGAUGUUUAUACAACCGAGUCUCCCACACUGCUCCCCUCUGCUCGUCACUGACUCGAAACCUCCUCACUGAAUCUGAAAUGAUCUGCUAAGAUCCCCAAAUCCUCCACCACCAACCUUUCGCUCCUCUGCUUCACCAAAAUGCCCACCACCACCACCCCCCUCCUCCUCCUCCUCCUCCUCUUCCUCCUCCUCACCACCACAACUCCCUCCCCAAUCCCAGGCCUAGACUCUUUCCUCUCACACCAAUCAUCUCUAGAUCCUCUUUCCACCAACGAUUCCUUCCCCUCCCUCCCUCCCUCCCUCAAAAAAUCCCUCUCGCUCUCUUCCCCUCCCCCCCACAUCCCUUCCUUAAUCUCCUCCCUCCUUUCCCUCACUGUCCAACUUUCGCUCAACAUCCGUCUCGUCGGCCCCUCCUUCCCCUCCUCCUCCUCCUCCCUCCUCUAUUCCUUCCUCUCGACCGCCCACAUCGCCGAUCGCUUCCACGUCAUCACCACCGACCCCAUCCCUUCCCAAAACUCCCACCAUCUUUCCAUCAAGCACUCCCCCCACCUUGACAUUUCCCACGCGAGCUCCACCCUCUCAUCUCGCCUUGCCGAGGCCCUUAAAUCUGCAGUUUCCGAGACAACAUCUUCCCUCCGAACCCCUCUCCUUUCCAUCCCUUACGACACAGUAGACCGGAUAAUCAAGCAAGAAUUUGAUAGAGAAAAGCCUGUGCAUGGGGUUUAUGUUUAUUUGAUUAAUUUGGGUUCGCAACCCAAGAACUAUGCCUAUAGUUAUUCGGCUGGAGACUCCUCUCCUGGCCUCACUAAAUGUUUAGGAACUAUUUGGACUGGUAAAGAGAGGUAUCUUUGGAUUGAUCUAUCUGCUGGCCCAGUUGAUUAUGGCCCGGCUUUAUCUGGAGAUGGGGUUUUGCCUAGAGGUGAAUUUCACCCUCUUGCGGCAAUGCAUGGGCGACCAAAGUCGCAAAAGGCGUUGUUAGCGGACUUGGCGUCGUUGAUUUGGAGGGCUUAUCAGGUAUUACUUGUGCCCUCUUUGAGAAUUCCUGUGCAUUUUGAGAAUUCUUUGAUAGUUGAGUUUAUACAUAUUUAUGGGUCUGAAAGUGCUAAGGAUUUGAGUGGGUUUGAUUGGAAGGAGAUUGAGAGGACGUUUAUGGAUGAGGCUAAUGAAGGUGGGUUGUUGUUGAGGAAUCAGAAUUUGGCGUUUAGGAAUUAUGAAGUGAAUUAUGAUCAGUGUCCCAUUUGUGCGUUUGCGAUUUCCAGGUCAAUUAAUUCCUAUACUUCGAGGUUCUUGUUUGAAAAUUUUACUUUAAUUGUGAGUGAGUAUUUGGAUUCGAAGAGAUUGCAUCAGAUAUUAUCUGAUUCCGCUGAGGAGUUUAGGAGGAUUGCAGGCAUCCCUGAGGAGGAUUUCAGUAGAGUGCUGCCUGUUUAUGUGUUUGAUUUGGAUUACAAUAUGAUGUUGAUGCUUGAUCGGUAUCAUCAAUCUGUUGCGUUUAGGGAUAUGAUUAUUGCAGUGAGGACAAAGACUACACAGACUGUGAGUGAUUAUAGUUGCAAUGGUCGUCACGUGUUUACGCAUACUAGAAUGCUUGAGAGACCACUUGUUGGUUCUAUUCUACAGAGUAUGUGGGGAGUGUCACCAACCCAUUUGUCAUGGAGUCCAAGGCAUAAUAAUACUUUGGUGGAUUAUACAUGGAGUGUUGGACAAACUCCAUUUGGGCCUUUCUCAGAGAUUUCAUCUUUGUCAUUUGUGCAGAAAGAUUCAGCUCGUAGAAAUGUGCUGUUGACGUUGUUAAAUUACAGUGUAACUAGCGUUGUUGAUGUUCUUGAAUCAAUUGCGGCACAUGGUGGGGACAGGAAUCUCCUAAAACAGAAUCGGCAUAUUGAGUUUGUUCAGAGAUGGAACCUGUUCAAGUACAAGCUGGACAAAGCAAUUUCUGCAAUAUCACAUUUGGACUUUGACAUGGCUUUAUAUUAUCUGCGGUCCUCUGACCAUGAUAUGUAUGCCAUUCACUCUCUGGUCUAUCAUGCAUCCCAGGAAUUGGAGGCAUCACUUGUUUGUUUUAAGGACCCACCAUUUCCAUGGGGUUCAAUGUCUAUGUCCGCUUUAGGGGUCUUUGCUCUCAUUUAUGUUUAUUCUAAAAGAGAGAGACUUUUUAGAAACAAAAGAAAGCAGUUUUGAAGCUAUUUAGAGGAAUAGAAUUCUGUAUCAUGUGAACACAAUACAACAAACCUUCUUCUGUGAGGGGUACAUCUGGAGGUUGGAAAUUAAUGUGCAGUUUUCUUGACAUGCUUACUUCAGUUGAAGCUGAUAUAUUGCCAUGUUGUCCAGCUUCCAUUGUUUGCUGUAAUUUCGCUACUUUUCUGGCUAAAUGCUUGUUUUUCACCUUUGGCUGCU